GCAGCGGAAGCCGCUUCUCCUCCUGCUGCUCCUCCUGCUGCUGCUGCUGCCGCUCCUGCUGCUGCUGCUGUGGUGGUGGUGGUGUGGUGGUGGUGGUGGUGCUGUGGUGGUUGUGGUGGUGGUAGUGCUGUGGUGGUGGUGGUGCUGCUGUUGUAGUGCUGUGGUGUGGUGGUGGUGCUGGUGGUUGUGGUGGUGGUCCUGUGGUGGUUGUGGUGGUGGUUGAUGCGUGAGGAGUUUCGCGCGCCCGUGCUCACUGCAGAGUCCGGCGACUGGGCCUCGACUCCUCGUCGUGGACACCUAGCCUGCCCGGUCCUGGCUCGCGCGGGCCUCAGCCCACACGCCACGGGGCUCGGGCUCCAUCGGCCUCCUCCUCCACCACCCCGGGUGUCCGUGAUGCCCGGCGGUGAGGCGCGGCCGCGAUGCUGACGUGGGGCCGGCGGGCCCCGAACCGCGACAUCGAGCGGCGCGCCGAGUACCGGGCCCCGGAGCGCUGCGCGCAACCCCCGCCCGACAUGGGCCGCGCCGGCUGGUUCAUCCGCGACUGCUGCGGCAUCACGUGCGCCGUCAUCACCUGGAUGCUCGUCGUGUACGCCGAGUUCGUGGUGACCUUCGUGCUGCUGCUGCCGGCCAGCGUGCCGUACGCGCUGUUCAACGGCACCCUCUUCAACGCCCUCGCCCUGCUCGCCGUCGCCUCGCACUGCAAGGCCAUGCUCACUGACCCCGGCGCUGUUCCCAAGGGCAACGCAACGAAGGAGUACAUCGAGAGCCUGCAGCUCCAGCCCGGCCAGGUGGUCUACAAGUGCCCCAAGUGCUGCAGCAUCAAGCCGGACCGGGCCCACCACUGCAGCGUGUGCAAGAGGUGCAUCAGGAAGAUGGACCACCACUGUCCCUGGGUGAAUAACUGUGUCGGUGAAAGCAACCAGAAGUACUUUGUACUCUUCACAAUGUACAUCGCGCUCAUCUCCGUACACGCACUCCUCAUGGUGCUCAUCCACUUGGUGUACUGCUCCGGGGAGAACUGGGAGAAUUGCAGCACGUUCUCCCCGUCGUCCUCCGUGAUCCUGCUCAUCUUGCUGUCCCUCGAGGGCCUCCUCUUCUUCAUCUUCACCACCAUCAUGUGCGGCACGCAGGUCUACUCCAUCUGCACCGACGAGACGGGGAUCGAGCAGCUGAAGAGGGAGGAGCCCCGGUGGGUGAAGCAGUCCAAGUGGAUGAACAUGAAGUCCGUGUUUGGUCACCCGUUCUCCGUCGCGUGGUUCAACCCUUUUGUAGCGCCGGAUUACGGAAAAGCGGAGCCGUACCAGUACACGGUGUGACCCGUGCCGGCCCCACCGCCCGCUGCGCCGUGUGCCAGUGAGUCCCGGGCGUUAUUCGGGACGUGACCACAGACACUGACGCCCGGUGGAACCCGGACUUGGCUGGAGUCGGCGUGUAAAUUGUACGCACGUGUGUGCGAGCGCACGCGAGAUCGUGCUGAAUUAAUUCUCGCCUUAAAAGUCAUUGGGUAAAGAGCAUCUCGGUAAUGCUUAAGGCAAGGAAGGAAUCGAAUACAGUGUUUGCCAAAUAUUCGAUGGAAGUUCAUAACGAUUAACCCGUAGGCAGCACCAACAGCAGCAGCAGCAGGAUCGCCUCGCUGUGCAUGGCAUUGAGAGGCACCUUCGCCACACGUAGAAUGUGUAAUGAUACUGUGACCAUGAGCUACUGUGCUGCUGGUGUUGUGAAGCGACCACUAGCCUUCAAUAAAUAGUGCCAGGAUACCGCGUUCAUACGUGUGUGUGCGCGCGCCCGCCCUGCAGUGUCACAGGGCACAGCGGAAGGAUUCCGGAUGCCAUUCACGACUCGCGUGACACUCUGGGGCACUUGAGAUUGCUUCAUGCCGAGGGUGAGGUGAGGUGUGCUGUGGGUAACGCGUGUAAUUCCAGUUCAGAUCGUCACGUUGCUAAGACUGCACACCAAUAGGAACAUAUCCAUCGGUGUCAUGACCGCGUUUGGGCUGCCGACAGAAAUCACAAACGGUGAUGGCGGGUAGGCGCUUCCCUCUGGCUGCCUGUGUACAUUUUAGUUAUUUUCAUCUCUCCGUUGUGUUUUCGGCUUGUGCCGCAUGCUGUUCGGCACGACGUCCCGAAGUUUCUCUAGACGUGCCGAGAGCUUCCUCGAGAAGUGAACGGUCUUGAAGAAACUUCGGGAAUCUAGGUGAUGCCGUCAAAAUCAAAAUACAAGUGUAAAGGAACCGGGGGUCUCGCUGACAGUGGCGGGUUGUCGCUGUUGCUGUGCAGCCUUUGAUGCCGCGUGUCUGGGUAUCAUUGACAGCCCCCGUGCAAGCCUGUGAGCGGGUUAUAACUUGGCAAACAUUACGAGUGUGUAAUAUUAUGCAAAUAUUCCAAAGAGUGAUUUUUUUUUCUCCAAAAAAAGCUCUUUUAACGAAAUGGAAAACCACUACAUUGCUUACUAUUCUUAUAGAGUUUUACAUCAAAGCUAGAAAUACGUAAUAGAAUGUCAUAGCGCUUUCCAUUUUAAUCAAAGGGGCGGCACUUGGCAGGAAUAUCAUUGGGGCAGUACUUCUCAGUCUCCAUGAUGCCAAGCUGGGCCACGUUCUGUUCAAUUUACAAAGGUAGUGAUCAAGGCCUAAUUUCAGUUGGAGCUGUCCGAGUCAGAUCUCUGGAAAAUAAUGCAUGAGAAAUUAAGCCGGAGGGAAGGGUGACACGCAAAAUAGUGAAAUGCAACACUUGUGUAUGUGUGUGUACGUUAAACUUCUUUCGCACCGUACAUAACCAACCGUGCUAAUCGGAGGUGCGGGGGAAGGAUAACAGACUAAACACAAAAAGCAGUUCUGAAGAAAUUCGUUUUCAAUUUAGAUUUAAAAGUGCAUAGCUCCAGUGGCUUCCUAACAUUAGAAGGAAAAGCCUUCCAGAUGGCCGCAGAAGCACAUCUGGAUGUGCACGAUGCAGUGACGGGUCUUUGUACGAUGGUUAGCCAAAGCCGCUGCUGUUCGGAUGACCGGAGUUCGCGUGAUGGUUUAUGCUCCUUGAGAUCAGCAAAGUUGUGUUGCUGGAGGACGCGCAUGAGGCUGUGGAGAGAAUCCCCGAUUCGAGGAUAAUCUUCUGCGAUGGUAGCGGAGGCGAUCAAUCUUAUUUGAAGUAAAUAAUGAGUCGAUAUUUUAAUGGAAACCUUGGGUGAGAAGCGCUGAACGGUGCCGAGUGCAGUGCUGUAGUUGAGUGAAUUAAAGAUUUUUUUAAGCUGG